AUGGCUCGAAUUAAGUUCCAGCUGAUCUUUCUGGCUUUGCUAUUCUACCAAAGGAAUGUUAAAGCUGAAUCCAGACCAGUUGAACGCAUUAUAAAUGGAUUCCAUGCAAGUCCUAAGCAAUUUCCAUAUCAAGUUCUUCUAAAUCGUCUAAUAGAUACUGAAUGGGAACCAUUGUGCGGUGGCGUUAUAAUAUCAAAAAGAAUUAUUCUCACGGCAGCUCAUUGUAUUAAGGAUGAAUUGAAUGUCAUUAAAAUAUACUUUGGAGCCGUGGAUAGAUCCAAUAUUAAAGAACCGGGACAACAACGUUUAAUAGUAAAACGAAAUAAUUUUGUGGUGCAUCCAGAGUGGGAGUUCAGUCAACUAAUCAAUGAUAUAGCUCUGAUUAAACUGCCAGCCGAUCUGCAAUUCGAUGAGUAUAUUCAACCUGCCAAGUUACCUGAUCCAACUGAACUUUAUAAUGACGUAAGUGGUGUCGUUUCUGGUUGGGGUAUAGCUUCAGUUCAGGGUUUUAUACCUAGCCAACUUCAGUAUUAUAAUGUCUCUGUUUUAUCAAAUGAAGAGUGCAAGUCUAUAAAGCUUAAGUAUGAGCCAAGAACAUUCUUUCCAUCAUCGUGGAUUUGUAUAAAACCCAGCGAAAGAACUCCAUGCAGUGGGGACUCUGGUGGUCCAUUCGUCAAAAGGAAUGAGGAUGGUUCCAGCACUUUACUGGGUGUGGCAUCAUUUGGCAUAGAUGACGAUUGUUCUUUUAAUAUACCUACGGUAUAUACCCGAGUUUCAUCGUUUUUGUCGUGGAUUGAAAAAUACGAUACAAAAUAUAAUUAUGUCUAAAAAAUGAAUAAAAUUUCAAAUGUGUAUUUAAAAAUA